GUUCCGAUUGAUCAAAAUGGCGGAACCCAGGGAAGACGAAAACAUUGUUGACGACUCGAAGAUAGAACAGUUUUGUGCAGUGACAGGGUCGUCAUCUGAGGCUGCCAAAGAGCUGCUUCGAGUAUGUUGUGGGAACCUGGAGAUGGCUAUUGGGAUGCACAUGGACGGGUCUUGUGAAGCAGCUCCGGCCGCUCCCUGCCCUCUCUACCCUGACGACAGUCUGGGACACAGUUCUACUGCAGGUGCUAGUGCGGAUGUCAGCGACAGCGAUGCAGUAAGGGCACCUAUCCCACAGAGGAGGGAAGUGUUGGUGGAGGAAGCAGCUAACCUAGGCUUUCGACCAAGACGAAGACAAACCAGAUCUGUGUUCGACGGUUUCAGAGAUUUCCAAGCUGAAGCACGUCAACAAGAACAGAGACUGGCUAGUACUCAGAGUGGAGUAGAGGGAGGAGGGGGUGGGGGAGGGAACAAGCAGAGGACGCUGGAGGAUCUGUUCCGACCUCCCAUCGAUCUCACAUACAAGGGAACAUUCCAGAAUGCCCGAGACACCGGCACGCGCCAGAACAAGUGGCUGUUGGUCAAUGUCCAGAAUGUCCAGGAGUUCCCCUGUCAGGUCCUCAACCGAGACAUCUGGAGCUGCCCCCACAUCAGGAAUCUCAUCAAACAGCACUUCAUAUUCUGGCAGGUUUACCAUGACAGUGAGGAAGGCAAGAAAUACAUGCAGUUUUACAAGAUAAACGAAUGGCCCUACGUGUCCAUUGUUGACCCCCGCACAGGAGAGAACCUUGCUGAAUGGUCCAAGAUAAUGUCAGCUUCAGCGAUGCGCACAAUGUUCAGUGAGUUCCUGCUGAACCACCAAAACCCUGAUUCAGCCGACAGCAGCCCGCCAUCGAAAAGGCUGAAAAGGGAACCAAGUAUAGUUGAUGCCAGCGAGGAAGAUCAGUUGAAGGCAGCCAUUGAGGCCUCGCUGAAACAAGAGGCGUCACCGCAAGAGGAUUCAUGUAUUUUCGUUGACACAGACUCAGAAGCACAAUCUGAUGACAUGGAGACAUUCUCUGACUCAAACGAGGAAGACAGUCGAAGUGAAAUGCCAAGCACAUCAAAGUGCCAUAAAAAUAAUAGUUCCAAAGAACACACCAAAGACUCCAAGAGCGUGAACAAUGUGAACACUAAAUCCUUGCCUGGCACCAGUAAGGGUGUACAGGGGAGUGUGAGUGAUGGUAGUGGUGGGGAGGGGUGUGUAGCUCACCUGGACAAGGUGGCAGGGGGGGACUGCUCCAAGGGAAAGGAGGGGCAGGACAAGAGCGUCAACGGGCAUCAGGAGCUGGAGGAAGCAGAGGAGAAGGAUGAUGAGCCUGCAGGUCCAGAGAUGAAUCUUUUGAUCCGAUUCCCGGACGGCGCCAAAGAACAUCUUAAUCUUCCAAGUACAUCUACUAUCAAGGCUCUUCUUAAAUUUGUUGUAUCAAAAGGCAUCAAGUCUGGUGAUUUUGAGCUGGUGACAAACUUUCCCAGAAGGCAGCUACAUCUUCUCAGCCCAAGCACCAAGUUAAAGGAUGCAGGGCUCCAAGCCAAAGACACUUUGUUUGUACAUUGCGUAUAAGACCUACAUCAGGACUCUUCUCAACAUCCCAGUAACUAUGGAAACAUCCAUCGUGUAUAUAUUCUGCUGUUACGGCAGCUUCUGCUGACUGACUUCAGGAAACAGCAUCACAUCCAUUGACGAACGUCAGAACAUCCAUUGAAUUUGUCGAAUACUGCCGGAACGACGGCAGCUAUUCCUGACAAACAUCAGAAUAUUUAUUGCAUUUGUCGAACACUGCCGAAACAAGGGCAGCUAUUGCUGACAAACAUCAGAAUAUCCAUCGUAUUUGUUGACAAACAGAAGACGAUGACGCCAUUGUAUGUGUUGACAAACAUCAGAACUUCCGUUGUGUGUGUAGACAAACAUCAGAACAUCCAAUGUAUGUGUUGACAAACAUCAGAACAUCCAAUGUAUGUGUUGACAAACAUCAGAACAUCCAAUGUAUGUGUUGACAAACAUCAGAACAUCUGUUGUGUGUGUAGACAAACAUCAGAACAUCCGUUGUGUGUGUAGAGAAACAGAAGAACAUCCAAUGUAUUUGUAGACAAACAUCAGAACAUCCAACGUAUGUGUUAACAAACAUCAGAACAUCCGUUGUGUGUGUAGAGAAACAGCAGAACAUAGAGUGUUUUGAUAAACAGCAGAACAUCAAGUGUUUUGAUAAACAGCAGAACAUCGUGUUUGCUGAAAACUGUCAUAUUGAGGGCAGCUCCCUAUGGCAAAUAUCAGACCUCUCGGGAUCUCAGCAAACACUACUGGCAAACAUCUUAGCUUCCCAGUGACAUGUAACCCUAUACACCAUGCCAGCUGCUGCAACUGUGCUGCCAGACACGAUCCAUCUGGUGGAACAUCAUCUACGCAGCACACGCAUCUUAUACAGGGGUGUUGGACAGGACCAAUUCAAUAGGACGCCACCUAUGCAGCACACGCAUCUUAUACAGGGGUGUCAUACAGGACCCAUUCGAUAGGACGCCACCUACGCAGCACAGGUAUCCUAUACAGGGGUGUCAGACAGGACCCAUUCAAUAGGACGCCACCUACGCAGCACACGCAUCUUAUACAGGGGUGUUGGACAGGACCCAUUCGAUAGGACGCCACCUAUGCAGCACACGUAUCCUAUACAGGGGUGUCAGACAGGACCCAUUCAAUAGGACGCCACCUACGCAGCACACGCAUCUUAUACAGGGGUGUUGGACAGGACCCAUUCAAUAGGACGCCACCUAUGCAGCACACGCAUCUUAUACAGGGGUGUUGGACAGGACCCAUCUGGCAGAACGCCAGCUACAAAGCACAUGUAUCUUUAGGAUGGGUUUCGGACAGGACCCAUCUGGUAGAAUGCCAUCUAGGCUCAUAUGUAUCUUAUACAAGGGUGUGAAAAUCAAGCCAAACUGUUACUUGUCCUAGAGAAAGAGAACUGUCAACAUGUACUUGUCUUGAUUUGAAGGCGUCUCUCCUUGUCUUGAAUUAAGUAUGCACACUUAUUAUUUACUUCAUUUUGUGGGGUCUUUGGUUUGGACUUGAGGUACCAGUUGCUUCUAAUCGCAUAUAAGUAAAGAUUUCAACAAACUUCAUCCCUCAAAUGUCCAUGACCAUGACUUAAUAAGUACUAAAUUUGUUGUUUGACACUGAACUCAGCUAUUUGAAAGUGGCCUCUUUGGAUUGAAAAGUGAACAAUGUUAUGUGCAACAUCCUUCCUACAAUGCGCUACCAACCAAGCCUAACCACUUGAUCAAGAACAUCACCUCAUUUGACAAGCAUAUGUUGCUGAGGACCAGUUCUAGCACAUAUUAAAUGCUCGACCAUGAGAUGUAUUUUGUUUUAAUACCAGAAGGUACACACAUGGUUGAUAGUGCAUUUUGAAGUUUUGAGGAGACUUUUUUGACUUUAUCAACCAACUUGAACCAGAAUACUACACCAUGACGACAGAUCUAGUCCCACAGUCCUAAAAUGACAGCCCAUUUAGACUACACAAUAUGCUGGUGUGACAUCAUACAACCAAUACUAUUCAAAAAGGCUUUACACCCAACUCAUCACUCCGUCACUCACCAGGCUGGACAAGUCACACAUGGUAUUUCCACACCCCUGAUGUUGCAGUGCUGGUGAUUCUGGACCAACUGUUACUGCCAAACCAGAUUCAGUGAGUACUUCAACAUUGUUUCAACUCGGAUAAUGCUGACAAGACCUCAAACCCCAGUGACCUCUGACACUGCCACUGCCUCCACCAAUCAGGAGACGUCGGACACCAGGCAGCUGUACACAGCAACCUACCUCGCUGCAAGCGGUGAGAGAGUGACCUGCGUGUGCCUUCCAUCACGACCUUCACCUCAGUGUCCUCAGGUUCAAGUUCCUCAUCAUGUCUUUUGUGGCUCUUGGCCUUGUUUAUACUUCCAGAAAUGUCAGAAUGCUCAGUCACAUCCUCGAGUAACUAAUGUAUUAUAUCUUCAUUAUGUCAUGAUAAAUACCCGGGACUCAAAGCCACCAUAGCCUCUUUUUGAGUCCAAUUCUACUGAAAUGAUGCUAAAGUUACCAUCAUGAGCGAGAAAAUUUCUGUGCCAAGUUAGAGAUAGGAAAGAUCGUGUGGUCACUUCCUAAACAAAUGUACGGUGACGAACAGGUACAGGAUAUUUAUCAUUAUAGAAUGAAGAUAUUAAGGAUGGUCAAGUGCUUAUUUGUGGUAUGAUGUUUUGUGAAAUAGAUUUAAUUCACCCAUUUGUAUUUUGUGUCCUAAUUAAGGCUAUGUCGUUUGUUAUACUACCAUGCUACUGCUAGCCGUUUUUGAAUAUUUUUUAGUUUGCCUCACAAUGAAAUAUUGUUUGAUAAAUCUCAUUGGAAUCACAAUUUUUGCUCUGAUACAUCUCGACGUGAAGAUUGGAGGACACCUCCUAAGUAGGUUGUGGCAGGUGAACUCAGAGCAAUCUUUAACUGACCAAUCUAAAUGAAGAAUGUGUGGUUUCUUGAGUAAAUCUGAUGUCAACUUCGGAAAUGAAUCAGCUUCAUUUUUGGCACUGGUACCAGACAAUGUAACUGUAAUGUAUUGCUAUCAAGCUGCAGUUCAUUUAAGGGUGCUUUAGGCUCACAAAAUAAGGAAUUGUUUCUUGGGCAUGGGUGUCGGUCAUUUAUUUUGCCAAUAAAAGAAAAAUAUUGUUCAAAAUUCCCUUGUCAUAUGAAGCAUAAUCUGUUAUUUAUAGAAUGACAAGCUUGACAACUGUCAUUUCAUUAAAAAGACAAGGUCGGUGUUAGCCCAGGUGUGUUUAUUGGUAAUCUCUGUGGGAAAAAAAAUGAAAAACUUAGAUGUGUAUUGAAAAAAAAAAUUACAAUAUUUUUUUAAGUGAAGACUGAACACACAAUUUCCUAAAAAUAUCCCCCGAAAAAUAUAUUCAUGAUCCCUAACUGUUUUUGUUCAGUAUAUAUAAAAGGGUCCUACCUCCCUUCUCACAACUGAGAAAUUUGGCCCAAGAAACAUUUAACACGAGUAUGCAGCCUUACUGAUGUGAUUUGUGAGGUGUUGUUGAUUGAAUCUGGAAGAAGCAUGUAUAAAA